UGUGUCCUAGAAAUAAUGAGAACGCAUUUUAUUGCGACGGCAAAUCUCUGCAGUGAGGCGAAGGAAAGUUACCGGCCGCCCAGCAGCCAGCUCCGCGAGGAGGUGGUUAAAUUCUCUUCGCGUCUAGAGAAGGGUUCCGCCAAGCAGGAGGGGUUCUCAUCUGCUGCGGCCGAGUAUAAAAGGCGAUUGGAGCUUUUGCUAACCACAGUCAACCUCAACUACUCAAAAAUGGCAUUCAAGUUCGUCGCCUUCGCCGCCUUCGUGGCCGUUGCUCGUGCCGGAGUCCUCCAGCCCGCCCUGACCACCUACGCCGCCGCCCCCGCCUACUCGGCGUACGCUGCCCCUGCUCUGCACGCCGCUCCCCUGGCCUAUGCCGCCCCCGUCGCCAAGGCUGUCGUUGCCGCCCCCGCCCUCGCCAAGGUCGCCGUGCCCGCUGAAUACGACGCCAACCCUCACUACAGCUACGCUUACUCCGUGUCCGACGCUCUGACCGGAGACAACAAGCAGCAGCAGGAGACCCGCGACGGUGACGUCGUCCAGGGCUCUUACUCCCUCAUCGAGGCUGACGGCACCCGCCGCACCGUCGACUACACCGCCGACCCCGUCAACGGAUUCAACGCCGUCGUGCACAAGGAGGCCGCCGUCGCCAAGGCUGUUGUCGCCGCCCCCGCCAUCGCUAAGGUCGCCGCUCCCCUGGCUUAUGCCGCCCCCGUCGCCCACGCCGCUUAUGCCGCCCCCGUCGCCCACGCCGCCUAUGCUGCCCCCAUCGCCCACGCUGCCUACGCCGCCCCCAUCGCCCACGCCACCUAUGCCGCCCCCAUCGCCCACGCUACCUAUGGCAAGGCUCUGCUCGGUUAAGCAGUUGCUCAACCAAUCAAGCUGCACCCUCUAAGUCCUUCCUGUAAAGAAGAAACCUGUUUAAUUUAUUUGUCUUCACCAUGUUGCAUUUGUUCUCAUUAUUUUGUGAUGUGAUAUCAAACGCACUCUCAUAAAAUAAAUCAAAUAUCUUUUCAAUGA